CAAUGGAGUAUUUCCUUACAAGAUAUACAGUUUAUGGAAAUCCUUUUUAUAAUCUUAAUGCUGGUAGAGAUCAUACAGAUUGGGAGAAUCAAUCAAGAUUAAGAAAGGCUUUGAAUAGAUUUUAAUAAUCUGAAGGUAUUUAUUUAAUAUUGAUUAAUAGAGGGAUAAUUAUUACCCAAAAAGUUUACAGAUUAAUAAAUUAAAGGAAUUAGAUGGGGAUUACCUGUUGUUGGUUUAUUUGUAAAUAAUAUUCUUAAUAAUUUUAAAGUUAGGCAGAUUUAUUGGGGAUAUUUAUUGUGCUUAAACUUCUAUAUAUAUGAAGGGUAUUUUUGCAGUUGUAGGACUAACAGUUUUUAAUAAAAUUGGAAUGGAUCUCAUGAAUGAUAAUGAAAUCUCUUAUUGGACAUCUAAUUAUCCCAAAUUACCAUCAGAUAUUCAAAAGGCUCUUAGUUAUGGAGAUGCAAGAUAUACUGGAAGAUGGAUUGAUUGAU